AUGUCUUCUUCGUUGCAGCUUUUUGGCAAUGCCAAAAAGAAAAUAAAUGCUAUAUUUGUUGAUUUAUUGUAUUAUGUAGCUGAAGCAUCUGAACGUAUAAAAGGUAAUUGUUAUACAAUUUAUUGUUAGGAAUAACUUUAUGUAAUAAGUAUGUUUGUGAUGAGUUAUCGAUUAAUUGAUAUAUUAUAUUAUUCUUGAUGAAAAUUUCCCGAUCAAAAUAAUUGAAAUUUGUAAAAAAAUCUUUGGAUUGUUUAUUCAUUCAAUUAAAAAAUAUUACUUGUUAUUAAAUUAUUAUUAUUAUUUAUUUUGUUUAGAUGUGAAUGAUAAAUAUCCUGAUAUUAUUAACGCAAAUGAACUAAAAUCUAUAAAAGAAUAUGAAUCUAAAGUUAGAGGAAUAUGUGAAGUAUUGACUCGUGAUCACAUGAAAGUUGCAUUUUUUGGAAGGUUUGUUUUUUUACUUAAGUUUUUGUUAAGUAUGGAACUAAAAUAUGUAAAUUUAAUUAAUUAAAAACACAAUGUUUAAGAAAAUAUCAUACCCACAUUUACUCUGUUUUUCUAACAAGGAAAUUAGCAAAAAAUACCCUACAUUUAGGAGAAUGUUAUACUUGCAUUUACCUUUCUCAGUUCAACUACCAGGUAAUAUGCAAAAACAAUGCUUACACAGAAUAAGUAAACAAUUAGCUUAAUUUUGAAUUUAGAAGAAAAUUACCAAUUAUUGAAUAGUUAAAUAAUAAUCUCUACACAUUUCAUGAUAUGUACAUGAAUUUUUAACUAAAAUUAAAAUUAAGCUAGUUUUAUUUGUUCUGCGUAAGCAUUUUUUUUGCAUGUUAUUUGGUAGUUAGACUGAGGCAUUAGAUGUAGGUAUAAUGUCCUCUUAACAUAGAUUGUGUUGUUUAGGUUGGAAUUGAACUUUAAACACAAACAUUAAAAUUUAAAGAUGAUCAUAAUUUUAAGUUCUUUACAUAGUAGCUUUAGUCAAAAAAUUGUCACACAAAAUUUAAAUACUUACAACAAAGUUAGUUUUUGCUUUUUUUAAAGCAUUUUUAGUUAGUUUAGUUAUACUGGAUCAGUAUUGGGUGUAGCCUCCUCAAUUAAUAUUAUAAUAACUUAAACAUUUCAAUAUAUUAUUUUUGUGAUUUUCAGUAAAGAAAUGAUUAAAUUUAUUUUGGUCUUAUAGAAACUGUCAAUAAAUGUAUUAAAAGGUUAAUAUUGAUUUAUACUUUGUGAUAAAAAAAAAAAGUAACAUAACUACUCCGAAUCGUUUUGCUGAAAAUUAUUUAUUAUUGCGUAUAGUAAAAAAAAAAUAUAAUUCCACAUUAUACUCUAUACAUAAUAUAGAAUAUUCUAAUAUUCUACAUUCAACAAUGAUCUACUUUUUCCUAAAAUAUUUAAUUUUAAUUUUAUAUGGUAGAUAUUUAAAAAUAAACAUGCAUUGUACAUAAAUGUGUAUUAAUAUUAAACUGCUAAUAGAAAAUUUAAUCUUAAUAGUAUUAAUAACGCAAUAUUUUUAGAACAAGCAAUGGAAAGAGUACAGUGGUGAAUGCUAUGUUGGGAGAUAAAGUCCUCCCAACUGGUAUAGGCCAUACAACUAAUUGUUUUUUGCAAGUUGAAGGUUCUCAAAGUGGAGAUGCAUAUUUGGUUAUUGAAGGUAGUAAUGAAAAACAGAACGUAGAAGUAAGUUGGUAUCUAAUUGUGUAAUCAGAUGUAUACCUAUUAGUUUUAUCUUUAUAUGUAUAAUUUCUAAUUUUUUUUUUCUGUCUGUAGUCUAUCAGUCAUUUAGCACACGCAUUAAACCACGAAAAACAGUUAAAUGAGAAAGAAUUAGUGCAUGUCUAUUGGCCUAAGGAUAGGUGUGUCCUAUUAAGAGACGAUGUAGCCUUAGUUGAUAGUCCUGGAGUAGAUGUCACUCCUCAUUUGGAUGAUUGGAUUGAUAAUCAUUGCAUCGAUGCUGAUGUGUUUGUUUUAGUUGCUAAUGCUGAAUCANAGUUAUAUGUUUAUCAAAUUAAUGGUGUAAGCAGAUAUCAUAAAAUCCAUACAGUAUUUUUGCUAUAUCCUAUAAAAUUUUUAAUAAACACAUUGAAUGCAAUUACACAUGGAUUGAUACAGUAAAUAGCCAAGUAUCAUAAUUUGAAGAACAAUUUCAUUGUUCAACACUAUCUUAAUUUUUUAUUUAAUUUUUCUAAUCAUCGAAAUUGUAUAUAUUAUUGUAUUUAAAUAUACAGUUAAAAUGUAAAUAAUAAAUCUAUUGCACUGUUUUUAUUGGUCAAAACAAUAGAAUGUUCAUGCCCCCUGUCUAAUAAUAAAUAUUCAAUAAACAACAUGUUUUUUGUUGCCUACUCUUUUUAUCAGUUCUCCCCUGUACACUUAAAAUUUGGGAACCGUUGAGUAAACAUAAUUCUAUUUUCAAAAUUACUUGUUUCCAUUAAUAGUAUUAGUGAAUUUGUGAAAGUUUAUUUUUAUAUUGCAUAUUUAGUAUGAUUGUUAAAUUAACUAUUUUUGUAUUAAAAAUUUAUAAAUAUAUGGGUGUUAAAUUCUAAAUAAAAAAUAUUUCUUAACUAUCAAAUGUAUUCUAUAUUGAUUAUUCUAUUAGCAAUGUGUCUAAGAUUUGAACUUGAAUAGAGAUAUUAGAAAAUAAUUUUUUAUUAUAGAUUAUUAGGUAAAUUAAAUAAUUCAGUUUUAAUAAAUAAUUUGAAAUUUACAAUAACCAUUUUUGAGCAACAUCUUAAUACAAUAAUGCUUGAAGUAAAAUAUUUUGUUGAAUUUUAAAAUAUUUUUGUUUAGGAGAAAAAGUUCUUUCAUAAAGUAUCAUCAAAACUGUCAAAGCCAAACAUAUUUAUAUUGAAUAACCGCUGGGAUGCAUCUGCUAAUGAACCUGAAUUUUUAGACCAGGUAAAAUGUACUAUUAAUAUACUAGAAUAUUUACUUAACUUUUCUUUUUUGUUUGUUACCAUCAUUGCGUUCAGUUUGAUAGAUCAGGUAUGGAAAAUUAAUAUAUUUUUUGCUGCAUUUUAAUUACGCUUUGACUGCAUAUAGACACCAAUAUUGGCGUCAUAAGGUUAAUUUAUCAAUGUUUACAACGCCAUUGCGUCCAAUACACAUAUGUCAUACAAUGUACAUAUUUUAGUAUUCCCUGCAUGUGGUUGACUGAUUUGAUUCUUAAUUAGUGUCAUUAUAAGGCUAUAGAUUAAAAGGAUAAAGAUUAAAAAUGUAUUUAUGAAUUGGAAUUAAAACUAUAAAAAACAUACACAAUCAACAUAUUAAUACAUUUUUGAAGUAUAAUUACUUAAAAAAUGUGUGUUUUCAGUGACACAACACGGUAUGUAUUGGUUAGGGUGCAAGUCUACUUGAUGUGGCACAUAGAAUAAAAAUCCUUUGAAAAUGCCAUUAAUUAAUCAGUAACAACCAAUUAUAUUAAAUACCAUUCGGUCCACCAGUUGUUGAUUUAGCAGCAGCCCAUGGAUGCUAUUGCACUCCCAGUUGUUGCGGUACUGAGUUAGUUCUUUAUAUUUACAAUAAAAAUAUGUUUUCAAUAAUAAUCGACCAUGUAGGUCGAUGCAAAUAAAUUUAUAAAUAACAUUAUGAAAAACUUAACAUACAAACUGUGUUUUUGUUAGGUACGUAAGCAACAUAUGGAGCGCGCUACAGAUUUUCUGAUGAAGGAACUGAAAGUUUGCACAGCUGAUGAGGCGUCUACUCGAAUUUUUUUUAUUUCUGCUAAAGAAGUUCUUCAAGCUCGUGUACAAGAGCGAAAGGGAUUAGCAUUAAACAGUGGUGCAUUAGCUGAAGGAUUUUCAACAAGAUACAUGGAAUUUAAAGAAUUUGAACAUAGAUUUGAAGAAUGUAUUUCAAAGUCAGCAAUCAAGACAAAGUUUUUGAAUCAUUCACAACAAGGGAAACAUUUAAUCAAGUUAGACACUAAUAUUAUUUAAAUACCUUAUGAAUUUUAAUAAUUUGUAUCUUUUAUUGUCUUUUGUUACCAUAUUAAUAAUAAUUAUAAGUAUUAUGUUUUUAAACAAAUUUUAUUUUAACAAGUGUAUUAUUGAAGAAAACAAGAAUUAUAAUACUAGUAGAAAUUAAAAUAUUGGUAAACAUUUUUUAAGGGACAUGUUGAAAAUUAUGGACAUAAUUUAUAAUAGAAGUCAAGAACAAAAAAAUCUAAAAUUGGAUGAAAUCAAAAAAUGUCAAAAGAAGUUAAAUUACACAGAACAAUCACUCAUUAGUAUUACUAACGACAUGAAAAUGAAAAUUGGUCAGAUGGUUGACGAUGUAAAAGAUAAAGCAAGUUUAUUUUACAUAAUUUUUUUAUUAUUUAAUAAUAAUUAAAUAAAUAUCAUAAUUUAUAUUUUGUAUCAUUUUUAGGUAUCUAAAGCACUGAGUGAUGAAAUAGGCUGUUUAUCUGUUUUAGUUGAUGACUUUAAUUUGCCAUUUCAUUUAGAUCCAUUGGUUUUAAAUGCUUAUAAAAAAGAACUCCAUAGAUAUGUGGAAUCUGGUAUUGGUAGUAAUUUGCGAACUAGACUUUCUACUACUUUAGCUUUGAAUAUCAACCAAAGUCAAAAAGAAAUGAUUGAAAAAAUGUCUGGAUUGAUACCAGAGGAAAAAAGAAACAUACGUUUAAGAAAUCUGCAACAUGAACUAUUUGAAGUUUUAUACCGUUUGAAUUGUGAUAAUCUAUGUAGAGAUUUCCAUGAACAACUUGAAUUCAAGUUCUCUUGGGGAUUAUCCACAUUAUUUGGUCGUAUGACAUCAUUUACCAGGUGGUCAAGUAAUCAAUUGAGAAUCAUGAUGGUAAAUUAAAAAUAUUAUUUAAUAAAUAAGGUGGUUAGUAAUUAUUUGUAUUAUGCCAUUGUUGAUUUUAGUCUUCACAAUCUAACAAUCGAUCACAGUUUAACAAUCAAUCACAGUCUAACAAUCCAUCAAUCAAUGCUUUUGAUGGGCCACAUGGUUUAACCAUGGAACACAAUUUGUCUGUGAUCUCUCGUAUUUUAGCAGUUUCUUUAGAAACUCAAGGUGCUGUGGGGGGACUUAUUUUUGUAGCUUUUGUGAGUAUUAUUAAUAUUUAAUAUGAAAUUUGAUUUAAUGUUAUAUGCCAUACUAUACAUAAAUUUACAUGUUUUUUUUUUAGAUGUUAAAGACUGUUGGAUGGCGUUUGAUAAUAGCUACUGGUGGCAUAUACGGAUGUCUUUAUCUAUAUGAGCGACUGUCAUGGACAAUGAAGGCUAAAGAAAGAGAAUUUAAAAGGCAAUAUGUCCACCAUACAACGAAUAAACUCAGUAUGAUAGUCGAACUUACAUCAGCGAAUUGCAGUCAUCAAGUUCAGCAGGAAUUAUCUACUACUUUUGCACAAUUAUGUGAGCUGGUUGACAGAUCAGCCACUGAUCUCAAUGAUGAUAUGAAAAGUUUAGAUGGUAAAUUAAGAAUAUUAUCCAAGAAUACUGAAGUAUUAAAAAUGCUAAGGAAUAAAGGUGAUGUGUUGAAAGCAGAGUUGAAGCAAUUUAACGACACUUUUCUAUCUAAAUAA